AUGAUCCAAGUCAUAUAAAUACCAGCUGCUUCCAAACUCCCAUUACAGAACACAUUGGAAAAUCUGUCUGGUGUACUGUCCAAAAACAACCAUGAAGUUUGUGUCAGUAAUCCUUGCUCUCGCUAUUAUUUCAGGCUGCCAGGGGAACUUCCUGUUUCAGGAUGAGCCAAAAAGCCGCUGGGAAGAGGCAGUGGAUAAGUUCUGGACCCAUGUGUCCGAGCUGACCUCUAAGGCUGAGGAGAUGAGGGACAAGAUCAAGGCCACCCAGCUGGGCAGAGAAUUAGACACACUGAUCAGUGACACUAUGAUGGAGCUGCAAAUGUACAAAGAUGACCUGAACUCCAAACUGGCCCCCUAUGCGCAGGAGACCGCCAAGAAAUUCAAUGAAGAUGUGCAGCUGCUGGCCAAUAAGCUCCGUACACACAUGGAGGAUGCUAAGGAUCGUGUGAAUGAAUAUACCGAGGAGCUCCGGACCAUUAUGGAACAGAACGCUGAUGAGGUCAAGAACAGGGUCAACACCUAUGCCAAGAAACUAAAGAAACGUUUUAACAAGGAUGUCCAAGAGAUCAACAAGAAAAUGGCAACAUACUUUGAGGAGGUUCGCUCUCGUACUUCUGAGAAAAUGGAAGGUAUGAAGGAUCGUCUUGAGCCUUACUUCACCUCAAUGCAACAGCGUGCUGAAGAGAAGCUGAAAACUCUGGCAGAUCUGCUGAGAAGCCAGGGAGAAGGAAUAAAGGAGAAACUGGAAUCACAAAUGCAGGACCUCAAAGAGAAAGUUGCGAAGAGCACAGAGAAUAUGCGUAGCACAAUUCAGGAAAAGGCAGAGGAGAUCAAAAAUUGGUUUCAACCCUAUGUGUCUCAGGUCCAGAAGCAAGUGGAGACAGUCAUGGAGGGCUUGUAAUACCAGUGUAUUAGAAUGAAAUUAUGAAUGGAAAAAUUAGCGGAGUGACUUUUUCACUUAACUUUGCUUGCAGAAAUGAAGGUAUUGGAAAUGUGAAAACAAUGACUGAAAUAUGCUAUCAGUAAUACAUGGAUGUAACUACAGAUGUAAUCUGUGUAAUAUAAAGCUCAAUAAAAAUAAUCAGUAUUCAAAGUA